AUGACUUCCGGCCAGGUCUGGAGGAGCAUUGCUGGGAACAGCACCAUCCUGCUUCGUGGAUCCCAGCCCGCUCCCCCCCUCAGCGUACGGUCUUCAGCGGCACAGAGGCAGGAGGCGACGCAGGCGCCCAGGUGGAUCAUGGGCCCCUCCGGCCCCAGGGCCAGGCCCGCCACGCGUGCGGCCACGUUGCCCAGGAACUUGACGACGUAG